AGUCGUAGUUCUAGCUGCAUUCGCCUUGAAAAUGAAGACCGAUUGAAUUGCUACUUACACUCCUCUCUACUUGCCGGCGAGAUUUCGUCCGAAGCAGAGGCAUAUCAUAAACUUGUGUAUACAUAGGUAGAAGUACAAUUUCAGACUCUACAGAAGUAAAUACGAUUAAGCUACAAAAAUCUUUGAAAAAAUGGUGAUUCUGCACGUGAAGAAGGGUGAGGCAAAAAACGAGUUUCUGCAGGAUGUUCUCACCUUACGAGAGAGCACAACUCCCCCUUCCCCUCAUUUUUAUGUUGGUAUGAACAGCAAUACAACCACCAGCACACGUAGGGCCUUCGCACAACAAGUUCGCGUGCCUACUAGCGUAGUACUGUUCGGGCUUCCAGAAUCUGUCAUGCAAAUAGUGCCACAAGGUGGCUGCACAUGGAUUUGGGAUUUUGCAUUACACAUGACGGCGAGGGGGAGUUGUGGACUCUCAUACACCUCCGAAACCGUUGACCAAGUCCUGAAAAAAACCGUGGAGCUGCACAACAUUCGGCUGUAUCAAAUGCAAAUAUGUCUGGGUCUGGAACAAGGAUGUAGCUUGUAAUGCCGCAUUUGGAUUCUAAAAAUAUCUGUAUUGCAGGAGCAGCAGAAGAGGUGCAUUUUUUGCUACACGGAGGGGGUAUUUGUCGUGCAGUAUGGCGGGCAUCACAAAGCCGUCACAAUAGCUGUGAUGCUAGUACAUGCAUCACAGACAUCGCCGGUGAUGCAAAAUGUGCAUGACAAACUCCCAGACCCAGACAUAUUUGCAGUUUAUAGGCUGAAAGUCUUGCGACUCGCUGUCUCUUAUUCAUUGCAAAAUUUCUGUCGUACUAAUUUCUGUAGAAGUGAGUCAUGGCAAAUCAUAUGACAUGGUCUGGUUUCAAGUUCACGCAGUUUGUCAUGCUGAUCUCGCUUUGGGAUUUGCAUUUGUCAUUUCAUUACUGAAAUUAGUACGGUAGAAGUUUUGCACCGGAUGCGUCUCUGCGCGAAUUGGGGAAGCACGGACCCCUCCGGCCCGAAGAAACCAGGGGACUGAUAUCAAAUGCAAAUAUGUCUGGGUCUGGGAGAUUGCGAGAUUUGUCAUGCUAAUCUGGCAUGACUCUGAACUCUGUAUUGUGUGCCGCGAAGAGCUCCUCUUCCCUGUCAUGCAAGAAAACAGUUUCUCAUGCGGAAUACGCAGCUCAGAACCACGAAAAAAACUUGUCAUGCUUGGCAGCGCAUUACAGUGAGCUCACUAUAAUUUUUUCCUUCCUUGCAUCACAAGUUUCCAGACCCAGACACAAGUAUUUGCAUUCGAUAACUGAGCGAAGACACCAACUUUCCGCUCGACGUGAAUGCGUAUGGCACACCAACCAAUCCAGAUGAGCACGGGUACAACUUCAUACGAAUUUAAGUAGAUUUAUUUGUCAUGCAAGCAGCAAAGGUUUUUUCUUUCUUUUGCCGCUGCUGUGAUCAGUAUUUUCGAUCUAUUUUUCCACUUGGUGUUUCAGUUUCUGAUCUGUAUCUGAUCCCACCUACAGGUUCCGCACCGGUUGCCCGCCACCUGGCGAGGUAGGCGAAGUGCUGAUUCGCACCGCGAAUGAGUCCGAGCAGGCCGUUGCCCACACCCUGGUACAGCAACGAAAGAAUCUUACAAAAGAGAUUUGCGAGGAGUGUCUGGCCCAGAUGCGAUAUCGUACGUAGAAGUAGCGAUAUCAUGUACGACUACUACUCAAGAUCAAGUACAAGUGGCUGGUGUACUAGAAAAUCCGAAAUGUGGCAAGUGAAUUAAUUUCCUUGCGCUGUCAACAUACUCAUGCCGUGUAGUGUCUAUGACGUCGCUUUAUUUCAUGAUGUCGCUUUUUCCUACUAUAUCCCCGGCGCGGUCAUGAUCGCUUACCCGGCGUUCCACAAGCUACCGUUCUUCGAUUAUGGAAGUGAGCUGGAGUGAAGUUUGUCAUCAGGCGGUAUUUCGCAUGAGAAACCUGGUUUCUGAUAAUUCAAAACUCGCAUGACAAAGUUCUUAUUCGAUUUCAGCUCCAUAUCAUCCCCGUGCGGUUGGAACUGGAAGACAAGGAAGAAUUGGAUGGACAGUACUUCUAAUAUUACAAGGUUUGAUCAUUUGAUUUGUCAUGUGUCUUGUGCAUGAUGAGGAGGUCUUGUCAUGCGGCCGUGCUAUGUAAGGAUACGUGAACGUGAGUGGUAUAUUUUUCUUUCUUCCUAAUGCUAAAUCCGCAUCACAGGUCCGAGCUUCAAGACGUCCUGGACAUUCCGCAGGCAACGAUGUGGUUCGCUGGGAAGGAACUAUCCUUUGCAAAGCUAUCGUACUCCUGGUACAAAUUCAUCUUGCAGCCGCGCAUUACAAAUCUCAAUCUCAACAUAAAUCCGCAUCACAAAUUUACAUUUCUGAUGCUGAAGAAAUUUGUCAUGCGGUUCUUGCACUAGAGGUACGAUAUUGCUUUUGCAAUGCAUAGGAACUCGUGGUCGGCAAGCUCCUCUCCGACUACGUGGGCAAGUAUCCUCAGCAAAAGCAUCGUAGCGGUGGUAGUUGCAAGACUGCAUGACAGAUCUCGUAUCUAUAGAUGAAUCAGCAACAGAAAUUUCCUUUCUGCUUUCGAACGAGAUUGUCAUGCAAUUUAUCAAUCCCACGGUCGUGCUUUUGCAAUGCAUAGCCGGAACGAAAAAACCAAGAUCGUGAUCAAACUGCAGACCAAGGCUGCGUACCAAAUGCAAAAAUGUUUGGGUCUGGAAUAAAAGGUGGAGCCUGUAUUGCGUUGCUUGCAUGGUUGCAAAAUCUGUAUUGCGCCAGCGCCACGACUAAAAACGAAAAGCGCGGUGACCUUUUUUUGUCAUGAGAAAAUGUAGCGCAUCACCUUCACAAUCACAAGCCUUCAAGUUGUAUUCAGCGGACCCAGAUCGAUAUUUGCGAUGCAUACUUCGGGCGCCCCGGUGCGCGAGCCGAGGGUGGACGAAAACACGCACAAGGCCAUGCUGAGCUACUACUACAAGAAGCAAGAGUAUGGGGGUGUCAGAAUCGAAAUCGACAAAGUUGAAUAUUUAUAAUCAGUCAUGCAUAAAAUGCGACGCAAAAAGUGACUCUAUUGCAGAGGACGCUAGGGAGGCAGAUUGUAGUCCUGCUAAGGUUCAAGAAUUGGGGUGGUGACUAGCAUGACAGAUGCGAGCUUUUUUGCCCUGAACAGCACGACAAACUGGCUUCCGAUACCGGCAAAAUUUGUCAUGCGCCGCCUAGAAACUGUGGGUCCAACUGGUAUGGAUUUUCUACAUUACAAGUUGAAGUUUUUCAGCUUUGUCGAUUUCGAUCCUGACGCUCCCAUAGAGAGGAGGCGAAAAGACUAGCGGAAGACGAGGACGACAGUUACCUGGAAAGCAACUGGGCGGUAUUGUUCGGAAAAAUCUCCCCUCCCCGUAUCGAAAAGGAAAUUUGUGAUGCUGGAUUUGCGUACACAGAUCGCCUUGCAUUGCUAAAAGGCCAAGAACAAACGCAGUCGUGA